AUGGCCUUUUAUAACCAAUAUAGAGAUGUUAGGUACAUAUGGAAAACCAUAUUGGCAUUUGGAUCUACAGCAAUGGCUUUUUAUAACCAAUAUAGACAUGACAUGGUUGCUGUUUCAGGUGAGACGACUGGCUAUCCAGUUAUACCACUUAUUAAAAGAAGAAUGAUGGCUGAUCCUGUUGGAAGACAAAUUCUAAGUGAGAAGCCUCGAAUUAAUACAAGGACCAUAGAUAUGGACUACUUAAGAUCACUUCCUGAAGGAUUAUUUGGAAGAGAUUAUGCAGAUUACAUGGAUAAACAUAAAAUCAGUGCUGAUACCCGAAUGCCGGUUAAAUUCAUAGACAAUAUAGAGGAUGCCUAUGUUAUACAGCGAUAUCGCGAAGUACACGAUUUUUGUCAUUCAUUUCUUGGUAUGCCAACAAACUUCAAAGGCGAAGUUGUUGUGAAGUGGUUCGAGUGGAUUCAAACCGGUUUGCCGAUGUGUGGAUUUGCGGCUGCCUUAGCACCAAUAAAGCUGCCCCUGAGCAAGAGGAUUGACCUGACAAGAGACUAUAUAGUAUGGACAAUCAAGACUGCCCUCAAUGCCAAGUUUUACAUGAAUAUUUAUUUUGAGAAGCAUUUUGAGCAGCCAUUGGAUGAGUUCCGACAAGAACUAGGAAUUGGAACGCCACCUGAAAUGACGUGA